AUUAAUUAAUUUAUUUUAUUAAUUUAUUGAUUCAUAUGUGUAACUAAUUUUGUAAAUUUUUGCCUGAAUGAAGAUUUGAAUACAUCAUCGUUUAUCCUGGUUCCAAUAUGUCUAAGACGAACUUUCAAAAAUAAAUCUAUAAUCAGAUUAAUUAAUUGCUCUCUAUGAUUAUUGAAUACUCUCUACAUUCCCAAAAGAAAUUAAGUAUCAAUAUGAGUACAACUACGGCUGCGGCCGCUGCGAAAAUGACGAGCACCACGGCUGUAGCCAUAAGUCUAGUGUUGUCCAGUUGUGUUGUAGCAAAUGCUUUUCGUCAAAAGAAACAAUUUUACCCGUCAGUUGUAUACAUAUGUAAAUCCAAUCCAAGUAUGGCUAUAAUGUAUAUGCAAGCUUUAGUUGCUGUUUAUUUAAUCGGAAAAUUAACUGGUAAAUUAUUUUUUGGCUCAUUACGCCCCGCAGAAUCAGAGCGUUUAAUAGAAAAGGCCUGGUAUGCUGUGACAGAAACAUGUUUAGCAUUUACUAUUUUUAAAGAUGACUUGAGUCCCAAAUUUGUAGCUCUAUUUACUUUAUUAUUAUUUCUAAAAUGUUUCCAUUGGCUGGCAGAGGAUCGAGUAGAUUAUAUGGAACGUACUCCAGUUAUAUCAUAUUUAUUUCAUUUGCGCAUAUGGUUGCUAUUAGUCAUCUUAACUUUGGGUGACAUAUAUUUCGUUCAUGAUGCAUAUACUACUACAAUGAUCAAAGGCCCAUCUGUGCAAUUAGUAUUUGGAUUUGAAUAUGCAUUACUCAUCACAUUAGCAGCUAAUGCUGCCUUUAAAUAUAUAUUGCAUGCAGUUGAUGUACAUAGUGACACUUUUUGGGAAAGUAAAGCUGUUCUCCUGCUAUACCUUGAAUUUUUUAUUGGAUUGUGUAAAGCUGUGAUGUAUGUGGUUUUCCUUAUAAUCAUGGUACGAACAUACACAAUACCGCUAUUUGCUUUUCGACCAAUGUAUCAUACACUGAGAAAUUUCAAAAAAGUAUUCCAAGAUCUUGUACUCUCUCGUAGAGCAAUACAUAAUAUGAAUACAUUAUACCCAGAUGCUACGUUACACGAUUUACAAGCCAUUGAAAACGUGUGUAUUAUAUGCCGGGAAGAUAUGACAGCCGCAGCUGCAAAAAAAUUGCCUUGUAACCAUAUAUUUCAUACAUCAUGUCUACGAAGCUGGUUCCAACGUCAUCAAACAUGUCCUACUUGUAGAUUAGAUAUUUUGCGCCCAACACCUUUAACAACUCAAAAUUCUAAUGUUCCCACACCAGCAACACCAACACCUGGCAGAACAGCCCAGGAAACACCAUCAGCUGAAGCAGCUGCAUCAUCUUCUGCUACUGACAACAAUCGCGGACCAUCUAGCAAUCAUACACAUGUAUCUUCUGGUCAAGCAGGAAGUAGUGGAAGUUCCUAUUAUAAUCAAACACCACUCCAGUAUCAAUUUAGACCAUAUACAUUUCAACAACGAUCAACAUCUAUUGAUGAAAUUAAUGGAAGCAACAGUGAUAAUUCAAAUAAUGGCAUACCUGAAUCGAAUAAUAUGAAUGAAUCAUGGAUUGCGUUUAUGAAUGCAGCAGGAAUAGGUGGUGGAAUUGGGCCAUCAACAUUAUUCAAUGAUAUACCUCAAACAUCCUCCAAUUUACCAUUUACAAAUAUACCACAAAUUCCACUUGAUUUGCCAUUUGUUGGUGGAAUUGCAAUUCAGCGACCAAAUAUGCCUCCUAACUUGGAUACACUAUCUGAUGAAGAAUUACGUCUAAUGGAGCAAAAUACAAGACAAGGAUGUUUAGCACGCAUUAAAUACAUUACUGAUAUAAAAUGUAUGUUGGACGCUGCUGUAGUAAUGAUGAAUCAGUAUUCAUCAGCAUGUCUUAUAGCUGGUCUUGAUAGUACCGAUUCAACUUUAAACAGUGAAACUAAAACUUCGGAUAUUACAGAAAAUGAUGAGCAAUCAGAAACUAGACCACCAAGUAAUAUUUCUUCCGAAACUGAUUCUAGUACCAGUAGUGGAGUUACUAGCAGCAGUGGCAGUGAAGAUCAAUUGAUCCAAGAAGAAACUGAACAGCAGCGAAUUAUUAGGUUAAAAAGGUUGGAGAAAUUUGGAAGCAAUUCCACAUAACUUUUGUUAACAAGUAUCUAAAUAUCCCAUAAUGUGAUUAAAAUGUUGUACUAAGUAUUAUUAUUAGUUCAUAUUAUAGUUAACUGAUAGAGAGGGUCAAUAAUUGGUUUAUUUCUUCAACUAUUCUAUCAUUUUGUAACAUCUGUGAUUAAGUUUUUUUUAAGGUAUUAAGUUGAAUUCAAGUUAUGUCGAUUUGUUUUAUUGAGUAUUUUUGUUUUGUUUAUACAAUCAUGCAUUCAGCUUAUUUACCAAUUUCUAAUGGAAAGUGAUUUUAUAAUGGUAACUAAACUAUAAUAACUAAUUUCUUAUUAUGAAUAUUAAUUUUCAAAGAAUCACUAGAUUCUGUCAAACUAUAGAAAUAACAUAAUUUAAAAAUUGUAUUCUAUAUUUAUAUACAUCUAUAUUAUUUUAUAAGUUAAUGUUUUAAGGUUUAAUAAAAUGUAAAUUUCUUAUGUGUAUUAAAACUGUCCAUGUUAUACUUGGUUAAUAUGAUAAAAUCAAUUACCUACAAUUAUUCCAACUAUCAACAAUAAAAUAUAUGACAUCUACGAUAUUAUCAUACUAUGAUUCUAUCUACACUACAUAGUGUUUUAAUGUCUAUUGGCAUUGAUUUGUUGUUAUUUUUUCUGAUUUGAGAUCUGUAGGACUAUCCUUCAAGACCACCAUGUUAUUUUCUAAGUAAAUAACAAUAAAAACAAUAUUAUAAAUAUUAUAUCAGAUGAACUAAAGGACUAAACUAGGCUACUGAAUAACUAUAGGCUGCGGGAUCGUCUUACUGAAUAAUUGUAUUUAUUUCAUGCUAGUAUUCUAUAGGUACUCUGUUCAAAAUAAGAUCAUUACCCUGCAGCCAAGUUGUGUGUAUGGACGUGUCUAUCUAACCAUGCGUCUGACCACCGCUUAACAAAACCCAUCACCGCCGGGUGAUGAUCUUAUUUUGAACCGAGUAUCAGUGGUCAAAGUGAGGGGGAUACAGUGGGAUGGCAUCCCUCCACUUUUUAUAAUUCAUAUUUUCCAUCCCUCUACUUAUUUUAUACCACUGUUUAA